UAAACUCAUAAUUGCCUUAAUUACUUGUGUUUUUGAAAAUCCUGAAGCGCGGUUUCCGGCACUACCACCACUGCUCACUCCCCCGACGCCCUCCCCUGAAACCCUACAAAUUUCUACUUACACAUAUCUACUGCUUAUAUACGUAUGUAAUUCUCCAUCUUAGUGUGUAAAAGAUCCUUAAAUUUGAAUGGGAACCAAAGAGAAUUGCAGAAACGAGCUCCGUGCUGCCAUCCGUCAGCUUAGCGAUCGCUGCCUCUACUCCGCCUCCAAAUGGGCAGCGGAGCAGCUAAUGGGAAUUGAGCAAGACACGACAAAGUACCCCACAUCUCUCACCCGGUUCCAGCGCGGCAGUUCCAGCAUUCUCCGCCGCUUCCGCACCGCCACCGGAGAGGCUACCUUUUCUAGCACCCCUUCUGCGGGCGUGUCCUACGUGGCCACGCCGUCGGUGCUCGAUGAUGAUGAUGAAUACGAGGCCGGGGAUAGCGACUUUUACCUGCUUGCUAAGUCUUAUUUUGAUUGCAGGGAGUACCGGAGAGCCGCGCAUGUGCUCCGCGAUCAGACCAGCAAUAAAGCCAGUUUCUUGCGGUGUUACGCCCUUUUCAUGGCUGGUGAGAAGCGAAAAGAUGAAGAGAUGAUAGAACUUGAAGGGCCCUUAGGCAAGAGUGAUGUUGUGAACCAAGAACUAGUUUCUCUUGAGAGGGAGUUGUCAACACUUCGCAAAAAUGGGACAAUUGACUCCUUUGGUCUUUACUUGUACGGUCUUGUUCUUAAACAGAAAGGCAAUGACAAUCUUGCUCGGACAGUGCUCGUGGAGUCUGUGAGUAGCUAUCCAUGGAACUGGAGUGCUUGGACUGAGCUACAAUCCCUGUGCACCACGAUCGAGACAUUGAACAACCUUAAUCUUAGUUAUCACUGGAUGAAAGAAUUCUUUCUUGCUAGUGCUUUCCAAGAACUUCGAAUGCAUAAUGAGUCUUUGACAAAGUACGAACAUCUACAGGGAACUUUCAGUUUUAGCAAUUACAUUCAGGCUCAGAUUGCUAAAGCUAAAUACAGCAUGAGGGAAUUUGAACAAGUGGAAGUGAUAUUUGAAGAGCUUCUAAGAAAUGAUCCAUAUAGAAUUGAUGACAUGGAUAUGUAUUCCAAUGUGCUGUAUGCAAAGGAGUGUUCUUCUGCUUUAAGUUACCUUGCCCACCGGGUAAUUUUGACAGAUAAAUACAGGCCAGAGUCCUGCUGCAUCAUUGGGAACUACUACAGUUUGAAAGGGCAUCAUGAGAAGUCGGUUAUGUAUUUUCGGAGGGCACUCAAAUUGAAUAAAAAUUAUUUGUCAGCAUGGACACUAAUGGGCCAUGAGUACAUCGAAAUGAAAAACAUCCCAGCAGCGGUUGAUGCAUAUAGGAGAGCUGUGGACAUAAACACAUGUGAUUACCGAGCCUGGUAUGGAUUAGGGCAAGCUUACGAGAUGCUGGGAAUGCCCUUGUAUGCUCUUCAUUAUUUUAAGAAGUCGGUGUUCUUGCAGCCAAAUGAUUCUCGGUUGUGGAUUGCCAUGGCGGAAUGUUACAAAACGGAGCAGAUUAAUAUGCUUGAGGAGGCAAUCAAAUGUUACGGAAGGGCAGCAAACUUAAAUGACAGAGAAGCAAUCGCACUUGACCAGCUAGCGAAAUUACAUUCUCAACUAGGUCGUUCUGAUGAGGCGGCGUUUUACUACAAGAAGCAUUUAGAGAGGUUGGAAUCUGAGGAGAGGGAAGAACCCAACACAGUUGAAGCCUUACUGUUUCUUGUCAAAUAUUACAAAGCUCAAAGGAGAUUUGAAGAAGCAGAGAUUUAUUGUACCCGCCUUCUUGACUGCCAGGGUCCUGAGAAGGAAGCGGCCAAAAGUCUUCUUCGAGGAAUAAGGCAUGCAAUGGAUGUCCAGCAUUUUCCACCCUAAGAUUUGUACUGAGGGAAGUUUACUUGGAGAUGGUUGUGUUAUUUGUGUUAAUGCAUGUCAUCUACUAGUUGACAAGCCCAGGGAGGUCAACUUGGUCUCAAGCAAUCCUAUAGUGGCUCAAAGUCUGUACUAAACUAUUAAUGUAGUUCUGUUCCCUAAUUCCCAUCUAUUUAUGUAAUAAUGUAGAAGGCACUAAGAGCAUCCCAUCAAUGAUUUUUGGGAAGGUUUAA